AGAAAUCGGUAGCGGUCCGGUUGGUAGGACCAUCAAGUUCCAAUGGUACUGGUCGUGUGGAUGUAUUCUACAAUGGAAGAUGGGGUAGAAUAUGUUAUAAUUAUUGGGAUAUAAACGAUGCUAAGGUUGUAUGUCGUCAACUUGGUUAUCAAUAUCCUGUGGCAAGUCGAUCGGUCUAUCUCUACCCUAAUGAAAGAUAUGGGCAGAUUUGGUUAGAUAAAGUUGCAUGUACUGGAACUGAGCAAAGUUUAGACGAUUGUUCUCAUAACGGAUGGAGAAAUCAUACUUGCUUGUCUUAUUCUACUUACGCCGCGGGAGUGCAAUGUUCUUCAACAGGUAAAAGGAAAAUAUGGUUUUGUGACAUACCAGAAUAUACGUGAAUAUUUUAUUGAAUUAAAAUACAAAUGAGAAAUGCAUAUAUACUUUAGUUGCAUGUAUACAAUUCAUACUAGAAAUACAUGCAUGCACCAACCCCUCACAUUUCAGCUUUAUGUAUUCUAAACUGGAAGUUACUAUUGCAAGGAAAGUGCUGCCUCACCCCCAAGGGAUCAGAAGCGGCAUGCGCAAUUUGCUGAAUAAGAGGUUGUUUAUAUGAUCCCGCUUUGCCAGACGAGAUAUGACGCGGGAUGAUCACGAUGUAUUGAAAUAAGUCACGGUGCACGAUUCAACAAAAUACUUGAUUAUAUUGUAACAAUUGAAAGGUUGUUCAAGGAGCAAUAAUAAUCUUCUUGAACUACUAGAAAUACAUGCAUGCAACAACCCCCUCACCCAGGGUCGUCGCGAAGACAUCAACAUUGGGGGGUGUCGUCAUGUUUUGACCAACUUUUCCAACAUAUCAGUUCCAUUUUGACCAACUUUGACCAACGUUUGAAUUAUUAAGGGGGGGGGGGGUGUUACACCCCCCCACACACACCCCUAUAGCGACGUCUCUGCCCUCACCUAUAUUUCCCAAACAUUGUUUCAACAUGAAGUAUUCGUAAUUACGUCAACACCAAACGCAGGCUCGCGUUGGCACGUCUUGGUCAUAGAAAGGAUAUUGUCAUGGUAGUCAUGGCACACGAUAAUUGUUUUUUAAAUUUUUUGUACAAACCUACAAAAAUAGAUGAAAUUUGAACACUUUAAAAUACAGAACUAUCAACUAUAAAAUAUCUAAAGUAGAUAUAUUAUUUUGGUUUCUAUGGACCUUAUUUUAAUGUGAAAUUCAAAACGAAACUCUACGUAAAACAUUUUUAAAUGUGAAUUGAAAUUAACUGCUUUUUGCCGAUAUUUCUAAACUCUUCAACUCGAGCUUCAACUUAUAACUCGCACUUCAAAAUGAAAUAAAUUUAAUUCAUACAGGACACUGAUUUAACUAAGAAACUUUCGCAAACAAUGCAUAGAAAAGACUUUAACAUCAAGAACAAAGUAUAUGAAUACAAAGUCAUACAUAAACAAUUGAAACAAACUUGCCCUAUAAUUUAGGAUUUCUCAUACUAAAUCAAUUCUUAUAAAUGUUUACGUUUAAAGGCCUUAUGCAUCGAAAUUUUCGAUAUCUAGCGCGCUUUUAUUAAAUUAUAAACGUGUGGCCUUUUCUGAGCAAAUUGAUUCCAUGAUCACCAAAAUAUUCUAAACAGAAUUUACUUAAAUUCUCGUCUAAAGUUACAUGGCAAUGCGAAAUUCGAUCCAAAAUAGUGACGUCACAAUGAUGAGUGACUUGUUUUGUGUAAACAAAUUUAGCUUCAUUUACAUAUGUGCACUGUGCACAGUCUGCUGGUCUGCGAAGGUCCAAGAAGUUCAGGCUUCUUUUGCUGUUUCAGUUAUCACUUUUUACUUUCCAAAUGUCUGAGAGUGAAACUGAUGAAUCGGAGAGCAUUUCAAAGGAUUGUUCAUCGGCAGAAAGCGAUCAAGACAGCGAGGUUAAUUCGGACUGCGGAGUUGUAGUUAUUGGCUCCGCCAUUACGACACCGUAUGAAGACGAACCGAUUUUACACGGCGAAAACAUGGAAGAGUCAGAGGAAGAAGUCGACAUUGACGGCAUUCUUUUACAUGUAUUGGAAUCGAGAUUUUAGAAGGAAACUCCUUUAAAGGAAUGGUAAGUAGAGGCUUGUUUAUAAUAUGAAUAUUUGAAUAUGCUAAUAAUUGCGCAGGCUGCAUACCGCCGAACAACUGCUUUUGUUCUUCAGAAUCUAAGUACCAUUUAAAACACGAGUAGGAGUGUUUUAUCACAUAUAAAACACGGCGCGUAGCGGAGUGUUUUAUAUGUGAUAAAACAGGACUACGAGUGCUUUAAAUGGCUUAAAAAACGACCCAUCUUCUGAUGAGUACAUUAGCGAAGUAAUUUUUAAAAUAAACUUGUCUAAACCGAGAAAAUCAAAGCUAAAGUUUAUGUAAAUUAACAUGAUUUAUUAUCACAUAUAAAACCACGACACGCUUAUGAUUUUUCUUUCUGUUUUCCUCCUGAAUUAUCUUUUAGUACAACAUCGCUUUAGUACAACAUCGCUUCGCACACGCUCGAAUUACAUAAUGAAUAUAUCACAAUAAUCACAUCACAUCACACAGUUAAAUUAAAUCCAGCUAGUUCAAUAAUCUCCUUUAUAAUAAUUAAUUGCUAUGUACCUAGUCUUGACUCGUGUUACUGUAUUAUAUAUAGGUGCUCUUACUUACUAAAUGUGAUUAUUCCUUGCUCAAUGGUGCAAGAGAAUACAGAUGCUGUUCGGAAGUCCACGAAGCAAUUGGCAAAUUAUGCUUUGACGGCAGCAUAGAGAGGAUAAAACGCAUAACACAGCAUGAAGACUAUCAAUCCAUGACCCAGACUCUUGUUUUAGUGCACGUUGGCCCCCUAUUGAAGGAUAAACAGGGACGAUCGUACAAGCAGAAGAAAGGGCAAGGCAAAAAUGGGUAUGUGAAAACUAAACGUAAGUUGCUUAUUUACAUGUAAUCUGUAGCUCAGCAAGUUUCUUUGAUGUCAAGCACAACAGAGCUUUGUCUGACAGUUUCAACAGGUAAAAUUAUCCGCAAAAACAAUCCUUGUUUACUCAUUCAAGAGCUCUCAUGUGUGCCUGGGCUCCAAGCGAAGUGUUUUCCACACAUCAUAAAAGAAUAGUUCACUAUUUAUUAGAUUUUGAACAAUGGUAUACUGAUGCUUCAAAAAGGUUUUUUCCAGGGAUUUUGCCUUCUCACAAUUUUACUGUAUCAUUUAUAGGUACUUAAGAGCUGUUGCUUACAGAUGGGUCAUCAGAUACAUUUUUGGUUAUCUUGGAUGGGAUAACACAAGACCAUUACCGGCUUGCGUAUACCAUGAUAUCAGAAAAAAAUUUCAACUGGCUGGUCAAAGGGUUAUGCAUCUGCCCUUGAAAGACAGUAACUGACUUAUAUUUGUAAAGUACUCGACUAACUCAAGUUUUGCAUUAAAUUUAAAAAGUUAUUAACAAGUAAUAUAACUAUAAUAAUAUAACAAGUAAUAAUAUAAAUGGCAUGUUUCCAUGAGCAAAUCAGCAACAUGGAAGUUUUGGUUACUAGAUACAGUACCGUAAUUUAAAUAUACCAAAGUUUUUCAUUGGGUAUUUGUGUCAGACUCACACCGUCCCCUAGGAUGUCCUUUCAUAGGCUUUUUGCAUGUGCGACAGAAUCGGUGUCUUCUUUCUCCAGCUUGUGAAACAACUCGAGGUGUAACACAUCAUGCUCAGCCUUUGUAAAACAAAUUAAAGGAACCCUGAAAUGUUGAAACAUGUUAACAUGCUUCUGACAUCUUUAAGGGUGCUGGUUUUCAUCAGGAUGUUGUAGAGCCUUUCAUGAGCUUGUGUACCUGAAAAAUGACAACCAAGAAAUUCAGUACAGGGGAUUAUUACACAAGAUGGUUAAGGAAUGGUCCAUGCAUGGUCAUUUUAUAUAUUAUAUGCAUCCUUAAUUACCAAGGUAUUUUCCAUGAGCAUGGUUAGAGUACACUGUAGUUAUUUUCAGAUUGUAGUAAUUACACAGGUGACAAUCUACACCGAAAAGUGCGAGGGUCGAUAUGUCCCCCAGGAUUGAUGCCCUUGAGUAAUCAACUUCUAGUUUGUAAUAUUACCUUGUUUAAGCCAAUCACGCUGUUCCAGUUGUCCAUGAGCACAUUUGGAGUAGAGUGGGUCAGAAUGGUUGGUGUGAUUAUUUGAAAUAUGUCUUAUUACAGAUUUCCAUUUCGCUAAAAUCAUUUCACCAAACGUACCCUUGUUUUAAAAACAAUGCGCACCAAUAUAAAUGAUAACUUCAGACAGAUAACUUCUCGUUCCCUUUCUCUUUGCUGGCAUUUAGGACCUUUCUCGAUAUUCCUUUCACAACAUGCCAAAUGUCAUGAUAGUGGCGUGUUUCUUUUUCACAUUCCCGUAUCCACUCAGCAAUACCUCUAUGCCUAUCACUAAUAAAUGAUUUGAUUUUUAAACUAGCAUCUUUAAGAUACUGAAAGCACUUCUUAGCACCAGCUAGUUCCAUUGCGUUGCUGUUUCCAGUUUGGUUUGACUACAAUAAAUGAAGGAAAAUUAACCCUUUGCCAAACAGACUGGCUAAAACCGCCGCUUCAUCAUUUAUUAUGCUUUACUCUGUCUAACACCAGAUGAUCUUUGUCAUCCACAGGGAGCCUGUAAUAGACGAAGGGUUAUUAAAUCUUUACCCAUUAGGGAGGUGCAGUAUUAAUAAAUAUUUUCCUACCUGUAUUAAUUCAAAGCGCACCAACUUUGAAAAGGAAUUGCAAAGCAUAGUAUACGGACCAUAUUUGGCAUUGUGGCCCAUCGAAUCAAAACGGCCAUCUCCUGACUAUUGAGCAUCCUUGAUACCUUUCACCUUCUCAAUUAUGCAGCACGAUACUUUUCCCAAUACAUAAAGAUUGAAGGGAACAAGAACUUUUUCUGGUGUGCAAAGUAGGUUCGAGGAGAUAUAGCUGACAAACCCAUGUGUCUAAACAUGAGAAAUGUUUGACUAAUGUUUACACCUGACAUCAAAAUACUGAAGCUCAUCAUGAUAUUGCCUACUGGAUGUCUUCCAUGUAUUAAAGGCUGGCUUCUCUACUUGAAUUGGCGAUUGUUCCCACAAUGUUUGCAUGACUGGAUAACAGUUGCCGUUGUUCCAAUUAUUUUGAUGGUGGCUGAGGGACUGGCCUCUUUGCAUUGGAAACAAAACAACUUGAAAAGACCCAUCAACAUGCUGAAGAACACAAUAAAUUUUGGCUCAUCUUGUGGUUUAGUAUUCACAUCGACACUACAAAAAAAAAGUUAAGACAAUUGCAACACUUGUCAACAUAAAUCCGAGGAUAAAUGAGACAACACAAACUAUGAAAGGUAUAUAUUUUACUUACAGAAAAGGCCCAAUCAUUCCCCUUAUUUUGUAUUGGAUGUUGUGAUUGUUGUGAUGUCAUAUUGGCUUACCUGACUGUGUUUUUUGUAACUGCAACAUCAUCAUUAUCACCAUUAUCAUCAGAAUCAGGCCAUCCAUGAUAUUCUUCAUAAGUGGACCAAUCUGUGUCACUCUCCUGACUAUUUUCGUCAAUAUCAAUGCCCAUUUCUUCUGGCACUUGACUGCAAGAUGUUUCAGAUGCAGUAUACUUUUCACUUUUGGAAGGUUGUUGUAUUAACUGCACCUGACAAAGAGAAAACUGAUGAAUAAAAAAUUGAAAAUCAAUGGCCUUUGUCCCAAUUGUAAUGAAAGGUAAAAAGUUCUUAAUACAGUUAUACACUACAAUAAAUACAAAUGGCAUAAAAAAGAUUACAAUGACAUCUAAGCUCAUUUUAUGACUUAGUGUAUCAAAACACAGUACAUUUGUACAACACUUACUGCAUUGUCAAUGAUUGCGUAGCGUUUCCGUUUGCUUUCUUAAACGCCAGUUAGCCUUCUGCAUUGCUUGAAUUUUCAAUUUCGAUUUUUGAAUGUCGGCCUUCAGCCAGAUCGUCAUUGUCGACUUCGUCAAACAUCGCAUUAGCAGCAGCAUUGUCGUCGUCGUGAUCAUCUGCUUCAACGAAAGUAUUUGGUUCUUCAAUCAUGGAUCGUAAAACCUUCGGAAUAAAAAUAAAUUGUCUGUGUUGGUUAUAAACCAAAAUAUUUUAGUAGUUUAACUGCAAAACAAGGCUUCGUUUGUAGCCAAUGUUAGAUAAAUCACAAAUAUACACAUUUCUGGUAUAAGGCAAUCAUUUGCAAAAUUUGCAUCUUCGUUCUCUCACCAGUGUUGCUGUAUCUGUCUUAGUUGUUUCAUUUGCUGCAUCAAUGCUUGGCACAGCAUCAUCUUUCAGCUUUGCUCUGAUUCCAUAUUAAAGGGCUGCAUCCCGGGGAACAGAGUAGCAGCUGUCUUCGAAGUAAAUAGAACGUAAAGACGAAUACGUCGAUGGCUUGAAUUUCGGUCGGUGCCUCCUGACAAAACGUACCCAUUGUUGGUGUCUUUUGAGGUCUUUGGCAUUAUUUGAAAAAUAAUGAGAAGAUACACCCUUCGUAAACUGUAUGUUCAUACAACUGACACCACCAUAGGUCCCAGCGACGCAAGAUCUGCCAUAAUGUUUAGACACUUUGUGCUUUGGUGAUGAAAUGUUAAUAUUCGCCAUGUUGAAAUCAAAGUUCACUCAUCACUGUGACGUCAUUACGUAAAUAAAUUAAUUUCGAAGCCAAAACGUGAAAUUUGUCAAUUUUGAGACGUGAUAAGACGAAAACCGUGCGAAAUAUUUCAAAUCCGUUUCUUGCAUUGGAUUGGGAAUGCGAAAUACUAUAGUCUCAACCGAAAAAUAUAGUAUCGAAAAUUUCGAUGCAUAAGGCCUUUAAAAAUUGAAAAAAUGUGAAACGAUUUUCCAAGCCUUUUUACCUGUAUUUUUUAUAGUAUUUGCCUUCUUCACUGGCAAACAGCCAUAUUUUAAGAUCAAUGAGAUGACCACCCACCGCGAACUACGAACAGUAGCCCACGCCCGCGAUCAUUGAUGAACUUUAGACUUCGCUAAUGCUUGCGUUUCGCCGGGUGUAAAUAGCUGGGCGGAAUUAGAACCCUCUUCUCUACAACAUUUGAGUUCUAUAUUAACCAGCAUUUGAACUUUCGUUUUGCCCAGCGACUUAUUUCAACACACACAUCACCUUCCGUCAUAUGUAAUCAGCCCCUAUAUAUAAGGCGCCUGUUCAGGAGGUAGGUAAAGUGCAAUUUGAAUAUCAAACACUUUGCACAGUGUGGAAGGUCAGCUAAACAUUUUAAUUCUACUUUCUUGGCAUCAGUGGUUUUAUAUGAAUACUAUCAACGCUUAUAACUUCUUGCUUUUGUAUGUAUAAUAUUAAUUAUAACACUGUCAAUGGUGAAGCUAGCCAUAGCAACAGCUCGAUGCUAUAGAUGCAAGUUUUUAAUGACUUGCAUCAUUCAAAUAGAUGCAGAUUUAUUAGCACAGCUUGCCCAGUUGCCAUCAUAUAUCUAUAAACGAUAAUAUAAUACUUAUGAUAGAUAAGUAUAGAUAUGAGAGCCCGACAUAUAACUUUUAACAAAGCCAUAAGAUUAAAACAGUUAAGAUUUUAAAGAAUUUUUAUUGUGACGUUUCGUCUUUAAAUUAAGGCAUCUUCAGACUAGAUGUUAAAAGUUAUAUGUCGGGCUCUCGUAUUUGUCAUAAGAAUUCGUUUUCCGCCUGCAUGGCAAAUCUCUGGCAACGAUAUUGUAUAUAAUACUUGAAUGAAUCAUUGGACAUAUAGAAUUUAAUAACAAUUCUAUAUAUAGAAAUACUAAGCUGUUUUUCCCCAAUUAUCCUUUUAAUGGCACCUUCAAGGCUACCCCUAUCGAUUAAACAAUCGAGCUAGAGCAUCAUUUGUUGAAUGUUUAAAGUUGUUUAAAUUAAAGCAAUUAAAGUUGCAGAAGAGGUGUUGAAAGCAUUUUUAAAGGAAAUGAAGUAUCACCAAAUGACAAAUUAUCACGCGAGCGACACUUGCUAGGAAGAUGGCGACCGUGAGAAAACGUUUUCACUGAAGUUGCGCAUGCACAUCUGUACAUAUGUAAUGUUGACUGAACGCAGGUUCGCGUUGCUUGUGUCAUGUUAGCCAGGGUAACCAACACGAUCAUUGUUUUGUUUCUUCAUUUUUGUACAAAACGAGGCAAAUAUAAAUUAAUGCAUGUUUUACAUAUUUAACUUUUGAACUACCGAUUUCUAAAAUACAUUAUGUGUGUUAUUUCGUAUUCUAAUCCCCGAGCCAACGGCGCGUAGCGACGUUCCAGGCGUAAGCCCGGGGCGAGGGUACUAAUACCGCCCGGCUAUUUUCACCCGGGGAAAGGAACGCACUAGCGAGGUCUAAAGUUCAUCAAAUAUCGCGGGCGCACGAUCAUCUCACUGAUCUCAAAAUAUCGCUGUUUGCCAUGCAGGAGUGAAGAAGGGGAAAAUAUAAAAAAUAUAUGUAUAAAGAAAGCUUAGUAAAUCGUUUCACAUAACAAAUUGAAAAUUUUUUUUCGAUUUUUAUCAAACGUAAACAUUAGAAGAAUUGAUUUAGUAUGAGAAAUCAUAAAGUAUAGCCUAUAUAGGGCAAAUUUGUUUUCUUGUUGUUGAAAUUAACUUUUGUAGAAGUUCAUGAUAAAAAGGAAAGCAAAUUAUUUUCAUCAGCGUCCUGUACGAAUUAAAUUUAUUUCAUUUCAAACUGCGAGUAUUAAAUAAGUUGAAGCUCAAGUUAAAGAGUUCAUAGUAUAUUAAAAAUAAAAUAACGGCAAAAAUCAGUAAAUUUCAUUAAUUUCAUUUAAUAUAAAGCCAAUGCAUAGAAAACAAAAUAAUAUACCUACUUAUAUGUUUUAUAAAUUGAUAGUUCUGUAUUUAAAAGUGUUCAAGUUUCAUCUAUUUUUUGCAGGUUUGUACAAAAAGUUUAAAAAAAAAAAUAUCGUGUUGCCAUGACUAACAUGAUGUGAGCAACGCGAGCCUGCGUUCAGUGUUCGCAUAAUUACGAAUAAUUCAUGUUGAAACAAUGUUUGGAAAUAUAGGCGAAGGGUUGUUGCAUGCAUGUAUUUCUAGUGGGCUUUAUUUUAAUGUAGAUUUGAAAACAAUUUGCAACGUAAAAACAAACGCAUGCAUUUUAAAACAAAACAGCAAAACUAAUAGAAAAUUUGAAAAUUGUAAUUUAGUUUGUUAUUAAUAAGAUAUCUGCGAAUGGUUUUAACUGGAAAGGAAGGAAUGCAUCGGUAUUUUUUGUUUUCUUCCAUCAAAUGUGUACCACCCUACUAAAAUGUGUUUCAAAUCAUGCUUUUCUUUUGUGUUUCAAAGUAAUGUCUAUAAAUGCCAUAUAAAAAGACCUCGGUCAGAUAUUUCUCUGUAAAGACCUCGCGCUCGGUUAAUAAGAAGUUAUUAAUAUAACUUCAAUGGCUUACGGUGAUGCCAGCUUGAUUUUAAUUGUUCUCGAUAUUCGGACAAUAAGAAGUCGCUUCUAACGUCUCAAAAACCGAAAUGUAGCCUUUGAUAUUCUAAUUCUUGAGAAUUUUGAUUAGUUCAACAUCCUUUUGCGGUGAGUUUGCUGCAAAGGUCUCCCUAGCGCUGAAGCGGACCAUUCGUCAUUUCGGAGCAGAACCGUCGGUAGAUUUUUUUGACACCUUUUUUCAGCCACUCAACUUCGUAUGAACUUAAUUACUUUUUCGCCUGCGAAAAAGUGCUUAGAAAAGAAAUUUCGUGGCAACCUCCUGGGGAAUAGAAUUUCUGUUCUUCAAUUCAUAGUACCAUAGAUGCUCAAUUUCCACAGAAAGUUCCCAAGCGAAAAACUUUGCCAAAGACCGAGAAAAUGGGUGAUUAGUGAUUAUCCUCUAUUAAAUUGUAUUACAGCAAGAAAAUGUGAAAUUUUGUAUUCAAUUAGAACAAAAAUUACUUGCAUCAUCAGAAAGUUUAUAAAAAUGAAGAUAUAAGAUAUUUAAACAGUUUUUUUUAUAUCUCAAAUUGUUUUUGAGUUAUACGCUUGCAAAAACGCGUUUUCUACCUAGUACCCAGUCCUUAUUGCGACAUUUUAGUCGAAUUUUCACAUUUAAAACAGCAAUUACUCCAAGACUAUUUGAAGAAUCAAAAAACCUGUUUGAAAGGAGGAAGGGCGUGAUGGUAAAGAUAGUGAUGAAAACGUGUUUGUCCUGAGCAUUAUUUCAGAUUCUGAGGAAUCCGUAACUGAUUUCCCAGUAGGCAAAACAAAAGACUAGUCUGUAGCAAACUGUAGAUAUCUGUAAAUUUUCUUAAGAUAUGCAGAAUAGGUUUAUAAGAGACUCUUUUCGAAAUAUUGCAUAAACGUUUGCCAUAUCAUUUCAUGUUCUAAAACGACUACCAUGUAUAAAAACAUCUAAUGGUGGAUUAUUCUUUAGCCUGGAAUUCGUGAGUUUUGUAAUAAAAUAGAAAGUUAGGGAGGGUUGUUCAGAAUGUUCCUUCACGAUGAUCGUGUUUGAAUUAUAUUCACUUGUGGUGUUCUCUGAACGUUAUCGUCCUCUUCUUACCUAAAAACAUUUUCAUUUUGCAUAUAGUUUAGUUUUGCUGUACCUGCUAUAAGUUACUUUCGCGCAUAAAAAAACCCAACAACAAUCGCCACAAAUAUGGCAUGAAAUUGUUGCCAUAAACUAAACCACCAGCAUGACAGCAGUUCUAGUCUUAAGGAAGUGCAUUUGGAACGCUGUACAUGCAUGCAGUAUAAGCCCAUUAAAUGAAUGGAUACUUUAUUAUCUCGCGUGUUCUUUGUUUCAAUUUGUAUUAAAUAUUUACAGGUGUAUCUGUGAGGUUGCGAGGUCCAUCAAAUUCCAGUGGCACAGGUCGUGUGGAAGUACUCUACAAUGGACGAUGGGGAACAAUUUGUCAUUAUAGUUGGGAUAUAAACGAUGCUCGGGUUGUCUGUCGCCAACUUGGUUAUGCAUAUGCUGCUAGAGCUCUUCGAGGGCAUCAAGUUCCUGAUGGAACUGGACAUAUAUGGUUAAAAUAUGUCGGAUGUACUGGAAAUGAAGAAAAUUUAAUCAGUUGUUCUCAUGGCGGAUGGGGAAAUACUUAUUGCCGGCAUUAUCAGGACGCAGGAGUGGAAUGUUCGGCAACAG